AUAUUAAUGAACACACACACAUACACAAAAAAGACUUUCAAUUCUGGACCUUUGGCAGUGGGGGUUCUAACUAACCGAACCCCCCUGUCUACGGACCUGGACUCUCAUGAGCCGUCAGACUUUCGCGAGCUUACAUCGGAGAAAAUCUCGAGUGGGAAAAAAACCCUUCGUCGGGCACCGUACUUGUGCAAAAGUUUCAUCGAUUUCAAUGAAAUAUCCGGAUAAUUUCCUGCGUUCUCGGUACUUGCGUUUUUGAGGAUUGAAUCGAACUUCGGCAGUGGAUGAUAGAGUCCACAAGAAAAUAAGAACACAAAAGAAAGCACAUUGAGAAACAGCCCCAGACUGCAUAACACACUGUUAUUUUGAAAUCGUACUUCCGCUUCUUUCCAGCGUCGGAAGUGACGCACGGUGCUGCCAAGGGCUCGUGUUGUGCGUAGGAAGACGCAACAAGAGCGCGAGACAACAUAAUCAUCAAAACAGCGAAAUUCUGGAUAAUUCAGCCGCAGUCCUCACAAAAAACACAACUGACCGAACUGAACGAUUAACAUCAUGAACCCUGUUUAUAGCCCUGCAUCAUCAGGGGUUCCUUAUGCCAAUGCAAAAGGAAUUGGAUACCCAGUUAAUGUCUUGGCCUCUCUUGCAGCAGGAUUUCCUGUUGGUUAUGCUGCGGCAGCUCCAGCGUACUCCCCCAACAUGUACCCUGGAGCUAACCCAGCCUUUCCCACAGGUUAUGCUCCUGGGACUCCUUUCAAAAUGUCCUGCUCCCCUACAACAGGUGCUGUACCUCCCUACUCCUCAUCACCUAACCCCUACACUGCUGCCGUCUACCCUGUGAGAAGUCCCUAUGCCCAACAGAACCCUUACGCACAGCAAGGCACUUACUACACACAGCCCCUUUACGCCGCACCGCCCCAUGUCAUUCAUCAUACAACGGUGGUCCAGCCCAAUGGCAUGCCGGGAGCCAUGUAUGCCCCUCCCCGCCCUAAUGGAGUUGCCAUGGGAAUGGUAGGAGGCACCACAAUGGCUAUGUCAGCUGGGACGUUAUUAACUACUCACUCCCCGACCGCAGUCGCGCCCCACCCCUCAAUGCCCACAUACCGCCAACCCGCCACUCCCACCUACAGUUACGUUCCCCCGCAAUGGUGAACAUGGCAGACACUGUCAAAAGAUGGUAGAUAUGCAUUCUCACUGACCAGUAUUUUUACAAUUAGAGCUGACACUACAAGGGUUAACAGCCAGUUGCUCUUCCUUACAAACAUAAUGUGAAUCUGACUCCAGUUGGCAGACGAAAGGAAGCUUUGAAAAGGGAAAGAGAAUCUUCUCAAUCAGCUCGAUUACUUCCCGUCCGCCACUCAUUUCUACAACAUAUCUCACGGCCGAAGACCAGACAAGCUCUUCAUGCUGAUUUGUGUUGUGUGGACUGUCUUGCAGUUUUUAGCAUAACUCUUUAAUUGGAGGUAACGGAAAAGAGUUGGAAUUAAUUUUUAUUCGAAUACCUAUUGAAUGCAUGUAUAUAUUCAAAAGACAACAAACUAACAAAAAAACAACAAUAAAGUGCUAGCUCACUCUACCAGCCAUAACAGGUGCAAAAACAUCAGCAAUGCUUUCAAGCAAAAAUUCAAAAGGAUGGGGAAAAACAACUGUAUAUUAAAUGCAAUGUCUUAAUUGUUAUUUCAUACAAAAUAUUAAUAACAUUAGCAUUUUAAAGGAAUUAUUAUCUUUCUUUUUUCCCUUCUUUGUUUCCCACCUUGUUUUAAUUUGGGUGUCUGUAGCAACAUGCUUGGUAUGUCUUUGGGUUUGACACUUUUAGUUUCUGCGGUGCCCCUACCAAAAGGACUGACCCUUAGAGUUUGGGCCUCCGUUUCAGAUGCCUGUUUUUAGUUGAUUAGUUUUAUCAUUCUACAUGCUCUUGCUACAGUUAAUUGUUGUACUAAUUGCCUCUGUGUGUACAUCAAUUGGUUGGUUGAGCUGUGUUGGUGCUGAGAGCAUGCUUACUCAUUUGUGUACCUCUGGUUUGGGUUUCUUCACUUUUUAGAAGUCUGACUGAAAAAUGAAAGGGGUAGUUCACCCAAAAAUCACUAUUCUUUCUCGCCUCAUGUUGUUCCAAAUCUCUGAGUUUCCCUUUUCACAUGGAAUGCACAAGGAGAAAUGUAGAACUGCACUUAUUCCAUACAAUGAAAGUGAAUGGUGAAAGGCUAUCAUUCUGCCUAGCAUCUCUUUUGGUGUUAUGGGAGAAGUCAUAGGGGUUUGAAAAAAUUUGAGGGCGAGUAAAUGACAGAAUUGCAAUUUUGGGUGAACUCUCUUUAAAGUUAGCCAUUGCUAAACUGCGACAUUUUAAAUGGUAGACUGUUUAUGUGGUUAAUUAAAAAAGAAAACCCAAUUAAGUUAAUUUGACUACACUACUGGUAACCUUUAAGGAGGUGAAUUUGAGUUAUUUAGUUAUUAUGAACCCAAAAUUCUACAUUGCUUGUUACCUUGAGAUUACACCAUAACUGACUGAAUUUAAUUGACCUUUUACUUUAUACAUAGCCUAUAUCACUUCGGUUAACAAAUGUUUUGUAAUGUUUAAUGUGUUUUUGUUUUGUAUUUUCAAGAAAGACCAAAAAUAAAUACAAUAAUA